GACACUGAGUGUAAGUCUCUGCUGGCUUGGGUCUCUGCUGAAUAAUUGAGGCUAACACAAUUAAUCCAUUUGUAAAUUGUUUUAGGACAUCGAGACAGGACUCAAAACGGCGUAAUAUCGUCUCUGAACUGGACAAGGAUUUUUUUCUCUGGACAUCGCGAGGCAGGACUCAAUACGGCGUUAGUUGUCAGUGACCCUGGUAAUCCUCCCAAAACAAUAUAAUACGGCGUAUGUUGUGGUGGCCCUGUAAACCCCAAGAACAACAGGAAAUUUUGCCAUCCAGGUUGCCUCCAGCAGUACAGAACAACUCAGGUUUCAAUUGGAUUAAAAAACCUCACAACGAUGAAACUACCUUUUGUUGGUGGUGUAGUUGCUGGAUGUCUGUCCACGAUGGGAUGGAUCACUUUUUCAAAGCUGAGCUACAGCAGUUCUGAGACCUCUACCAAAGAUGAUCCACAUUUUGCCGACUUGUCAAAAGCACCGAUUAAAAUUCGUUCUUCUGAAGGGUUUAGUCAUUAUCCAGAGGAGAACACUAGAGUUGAACAAAUCCUAAGAUUCGGUUGGCCCAUUGGUGGACGCAUUAAGAGGAAACUUAAGAAUCAUGUACUUGAGUAUGACUGCACUAACAAAAUACCUGUGUGGGUAGCAGAACACCUCACUCAAGAAUCUCUUAAGUCGAGGGCACAUGUCUCCUGCAGGCAAUAAUAAGAUGUUGCAGGAAUUCAUGGACGAAUCAUUUUACCUCACAAAUAUUAUACCACAAGAUAUUGACAAUAACGGAGGAUUUUGGAACCGAUUUGAGAUCUUCUGCCGUGACUUGACGCAGAAGUACACGGAUGUGUGGGUCACCUCGGGUCCACUCUUCCUGCCAACCCAACAAGAGAAUGGCAAGAAAAUAGUUACAUAUGAGGUGAUUGGUGAGAAUGAGGUAGCAGUGCCCACACACCUCUACAAAGUGAUUGUUGCCCAUAAUGGAGACAACAUUGUUACAGGAUCAUUUGUUGUGCCAAAUAAACCUAUUGACUACUCUCAUCACCUUAAGGAAUUCCAAGUCACCAUGGAUUACCUUGAGAGAAAAGUUGGUAAUAAAUUUUAUACUAAUAUGAACAGAGAUGAAGCAAGAGAUCUGUGUGAAGAUACAGGUUGCAAUCUGAUGUCCAAAACAGAGAUGGAUGAGUAUAUCAUUACUCAGAGGCUCAAGGGGGUAAACAGUCUUAAAAAACUGGCAAAACUAUGGAAAAAUAUGGAGAAAAAAGGAAUCUCUGCUAAUACAAAGGUGCAAGAGCUUUAUCAAAAGCGCUUACUUGAUCUGUCCAGAGAGGAAGCUCAAGCAGGGGCCAUGCUAGCAACGGCACACACUGUUGAUGUUCCAUCUCGAGAAAUAACCCCAGGCAAGAAUUUAGAUGAUGGAGAAUCUACUGCAGCUCACAAACAUUUAGAACGAGUUGCAGCAAGUGGAUAAGAAAAGGGCAGCUAAAUAUAACUGCUGUUUUCAGACAGAAACAAACUGUAGUUUUCAUAUGAGAGAAUAUUCAGGAUUUAUUCUUUAUUUUUUCACCUUUGACAUUACUCUUCAGCCACUAUUGACAUUGAUUGAUAAACAUACAGAAUAAUU